AUGCGAGUCUCACUACUGUUGAGAUGUUGCAGAGAUUUAACCGGAAGCUCUUCAGACCGCACACGCAACGGCCUCCGCAAAAAACUGAACGAUUCGAUGAAUUGUUUCACAGAUAUCCGGCAAUUUAUCACGGCUGAGUACAAAGAGACAGUUGAACGACGAUACUACACAGUGACAGGUGAAAAGACGGAUGAAUCAACGAUCGAUUGGUUGAUUGCGACGGGAUGUGUCCGUGAUAGAAAGGUGUCAAAAUUUGAAGGACUGAAGCAAGGCAAUCUGAAUGUAGCUGAGUAUGAAGCCAAGUUCACUGAAUUGGCUAGAUUCUCUCUACAUAUUGUUGACACCGACCAUAAAAAGGCAAGAAAGUUUGAAAAUGGUCUUCGCAAUGACAUCUUGGAAAGGGUGAAUGUGUUAAAAUUGCACACUUAUGUUGAUGUGCUAGAUUGA